AUGCUGCAGAUAAUCAACGGCCAAAGCCACAACGGGUUUCUUCUCGCAGCGAUUGUUGGUCCAGUCCUGUAUAUCUUGUACAUCUUGUACUUACGACUGCUUCCAAAACCCAUUCCUGGAAUUCCAUACAACAAGAAUGCCGCGCGAUCUGUUCUGGGGGACAUGCUGUCUCUGGCGAAACAUGCAACGGCGACAGGCGAGCCGAUGGACUGGUUCCGACAACAGGCCAUGAAGCACAGUUCGCCAUUAUGCCAAGUUUUUGUCCGGCCGUUUGCGCCCCCGAUCGUGCUCCUCUCUGACUUUCGUGAAGUCCAGAAUAUGAUGCUCUCACGCAACAAAGAAUUCGACAGAAGCCGAAUUUUCCGGGAUAUUCUAGGCGAUGCAGGGCCACAUCAUCAUAUCAUGAAGAAGACCGGGCCAGAGUGGGCGAACCAACGAAAGCUCCUCAACGACCUGAUGACGCCGCGGUUCAUGCAUACGGUUGCUGCACCUCAUAUCUACGCCGGCGUGGAGAGUUUGAUCAAGCUUUGGGAAAUCAAGAUCGAGCUCGCUGAAGGUCGCCCAUUCGACGCGGAUCUCGACGCAUACUAUCUUGCUCUAGAUGCCGUGGUGGCAUUUAGCUACGGUGCCAGUUAUCCGCACCGCGCGCUUCUCCCACAAAUAGAUUUGUUGCGCUCCUUCCAGCCAAAGGACUCUGCGCGUCUCCAUCAAGGCUCGACUGGACAAACUGCCAUCAGGUUUCCGGAAGCCAAAGUAGAUCGUGCCCUCAAAGAUACUCUAACAAUGGUCAAGACAGCCGAGGUGAUGCAGGCCAGUGUCGUGCCGCGUCUGACAUGGUGGUGGCUCAGCAAGACGCCAAAGAUUCGCAACGCAUGGAAGGCGAGAGACGAAUUCGUCGCUGGACAGAUACAGAAAGCGGUUGAAAGAAUGCACUCUAUGAAUGACGCCGGCGAUGAGUGGUUGGGCAACGCUGUCGACCUGAUCGUCUCACGGGAGCGGCAAUUCGCGAAGAAAGAGGAUCGAGAUCCGCAAUACGUAACACAAGUCAUCAUUGAAGAAGUGUUUGGCUUCACAAUGGCUGGUCACGAGUCAAGCUCUAGUACAAUCCUGUGGGCUCUGAAGUACAUCACGAGUAGCCUAGAAGUGCAAGAGAAACUACGCAUUCAUUUGCGCAGAUCCCACUCGGCAGCGUUUGUUGAGAAGAGAGCACCAACAGUCGAGGAGAUCAUUCGGGCGCGAAUCCCAUACCUUGAUGCCGUCAUGGAUGAAGUUUUGCGACUUGGCUCUCCUAUUCCGUUUCUUGCUCGCGACGCAGAGACAGACGAUGCCGAGAUCCUUGGAGUACAUAUCCCGAAAGGCACCAUUGUUUUUGCUCAUACCCUCGGGCCUUCGAUGACGUCGCCAAAGAUCGACAUUGAAGAUAAGCUGCGUCAUCCUACCUCGGAGGGCUCCAAAACUGGAGAGUGGUCGCCUGAAGACAUGGCAGUUUUCCGGCCAGAGCGAUGGCUCGCGCUCAACGAAACGACGCAUGAGGAAGAGUAUAACCCAAAUGCUGGUCCUUUCCUUUCAUUUGGACUUGGACAGCGCGGUUGUUUUGGCAGGAGGCUGGGUCUCUUUGAGUUUCGCAUUUCCUUGACGCUUUUGCUUUGGCAUUUUCAAUUUCUGCCAGUUCCCGAAGCUCUCUCUGGAUUUGAGGCUCGUGAUGCUCUGACGAGACGGCCCAAGCAUGCUGUAGUGAAAGCACGCAAAUUAUCCUACUAG